AUGGCUCAUUUAGUUGAAAACCUCAAGGAAGAGCUGACCUGCUCUUUGUGCAUGGAGUACUUCAACCACCCAGUAACCUUGGGCUGUGGCCAUAGCUUUUGCCACCACUGCCUCCUCAGGAACUGGGGAGAAGUUGACCAACCCUGCCCUUGUCCUAAGUGCAAAAGACCCUUCCAGUUGAGAGACUUGGAGCGCAAUCAUUGUCUAGAAAAAUUGUCCAGCAUGACCAGGAAUGUUGAACCCUACCUGCUGAAGAUUAAAGAGGAAAUCACUAAAUGUGACAGGCAUGAAGCAGAGCAAAAGCUGUUCUGUGAGGAGGACCAAGUCCUUCUCUGUGAAUUUUGCUUUCAAACCCCAGAACACAGCAGCCAUACAAUAUGGCCUAUACAAAAGGCUGGACAGGAUGCUAGGGACAAGCUCCAAAAGACUUUGGAUUUUUGCUGGACACAAAUGGAGACAGUUCAGAAGAUACUGACUGAAGAGAGGAAGAAAGAGGAUAGUUGCAAGGAAAAGAACCAUGCCUACAGAGAGAGUCUGACAGCAGAAUACAAAAGAUUCCAUGAAUUGCUGGAGCAAGAAGAAGAGGGUCAUCUUGAAAUGCUGGCCAGGCAUGAAAUUGACCACCUGAAGAGUAUAAGAGAAAGUGAGGACAGACUCUCCAACCACCUUCAAAGCUUGAGAGAGGUGAUCACAGAUGUUGAGAAAAAUUGCCAGAAACCCAACAUCCAGCUUCUGCAGGUGGUAGGAGAUACACUGAAAAGGUCUGAGUCACUCUUGGGUCAUGUUCCAGACACUGUCAGCACUCCAAGGAUCUCCUUUCAUUAUACUUUGAUGUGUGAAAUACUGACAUACUUCAAAGUGGAUGUGACCCUGGAUAUUGAAAGUGCCUGUCCAUAUCUCAUUGUAUCUGAGGAUCUGAAAACUGUUGUACAUGGAGGCCACCAGCAGGCUGUGACUUUCACACCUGAUCGAUUUAAAGAGAGUAUCAUUUUGGGGAGUCAGAUCUUCAUAUCUGGAACACACUACUGGGAGGUUGAUGUGGGAGACAGUAGGCAAUGGACAGUUGGUGUAUGCAGGGAGUCACUGAGGAGAGAUGUCAAUGUUCCCUGUGAUGAAGAUGCAUUACUUCUGUCAUACAUUCAAUGUGGAGAUGUGUACACUAUCAGGACCACUCCCCCCUACUUCGAACAUUCAAUCUCUGUCCCUAUCCAUAGGGUUGGCAUUUUGCUGGAUUGUGCUGAAGGGACCAUCUCAUUUUAUGAUGCCUUGAGGAAAUGUUUAAUCUAUCAUUUCCCUCACUUUUCUUUCUCUGAGCCUCUUCGACCCCUCUUUUCUCCUUGUCCUGCAGAAGGGGAAGAGAGUGGAAUCCCAAUGAUUCUCAUGUCUUUAUAA